CCUCUCGGAGGCGCAGCAGGGAGGAGACAGCAGAGCCAUUUUGCCCUUAGCCAGAGUGUAGCCUCACCGUUCUCUCCCUCUCUCUCUCCCUUUCUCUCUCUCCUAACACCGGGGGCUCCAGAACAGAGCUCUCCGGUAUCCGUUCACCUUGGCUUCCCCGUGCUUGACGGAAGGGGGUCGGGUGGCAAAGACGGCGUCGUUUUGACAGGAGGAUAGUGUGGUUAUCGCGGGACAGCGGGACGAGACGAGGCGGUGGGUGGCGGCGGUGGAGGUGGGGGUGGAUGGUGAACACGAACCAAGGACACACAGCAGCAGCCAACGAGCGGGCUCCAGGAGAGGAGCCAGCCCACGCAGAGACCAGGCCGAGAGAUCUGCAGUGAUCCGGACCCAGACCCUCUGAGCCGGUCCCAGCCCCCCUGAGCCGGACCCAGACCCCCUGAGCAGGACCACACACCCCCCCCCCCCCUCCCCACCCCAGGGUGCCAGACAGGAGGAGGAGCCAUGGCGGCCUCAGUCAAAGUGGCGGUGCGCGUCCGGCCGUUCAACUCCAGGGAGAUGGGCAAGGACAGCAAGUGCAUCAUCCAGAUGAACGGGAACACCACCACCAUCCUCAACCCCAAGCAGCCCAAGGAGAACAAGAGCUUCAACUUCGACUACUCCUACUGGUCCCACACCACUCCGGAGGACUCCAACUUUGCGUCGCAGGUCCAGGUCUACAAAGACAUCGGGGAGGAGAUGUUGCUUCACGCCUUCGAGGGAUACAACGUCUGCAUCUUCGCCUACGGCCAGACGGGCGCCGGCAAGUCCUACACCAUGAUGGGCAAGCAGGACGUCAAGGACCAGCAAGGGAUCAUUCCCCUGCUCUGUGAGGACCUGUUCACCAAGUUCAACGACACCAACAUCGACAACAACAUGGCUUACUCUGUGGAGGUGAGCUACAUGGAGAUCUACUGCGAGCGCGUGCGUGACCUGCUGAACCCCAAGAACAAGGGCCACCUGCGGGUCCGCGAGCACCCUCUGAUGGGGCCCUACGUGGAGGACCUGUCCAAGCUGGCCGUCACCUCCUACAACGACAUCCAGGACCUCAUGGACUCUGGGAACAAGGCCAGGACCGUGGCAGCGACCAACAUGAACGAGAGCAGCAGUCGUUCCCACGCCGUCUUCAACAUCAUCUUCACCCAGAAGCGCCGCGACGCAGACACCGACAACACCUCAGAGAAGGUGAGUAAGAUCAGCCUGGUGGAUCUGGCGGGCAGCGAGCGGGCCGACUCCACCGGCGCCAAGGGAACCAGACUCAAGGAAGGAGCAAACAUCAACAAGUCCCUCACCACCCUGGGAAAGGUGAUCUCCGCCCUGGCAGAAGUGGACUCUGGACCCAACAAGAACAAGAAGAAGAAGAAGGUGGAGAACCACAUCCCCUACAGAGACUCUGUGUUGACCUGGCUCCUACGAGAGAACCUGGGGGGUAACUCCCGGACGGCGAUGGUGGCCGCGCUGAGUCCUGCGGACAUCAACUACGAUGAGACUCUGAGCACCCUCAGGUACGCGGACCGGGCCAAGCAGAUCCGCUGCAACGCUGUGAUCAACGAGGACCCCAACAACCGGCUGGUGCGGGAGCUGAAGGACGAGGUGUCGCGGCUCCGAGACCUGCUGCUGGCCCAGGGCCUGGGGGACAUCAUUGAGACAUUUCGGAGUUCUGGAACCGAGAUAGCUGGUUUGAAAUACUCGACCGAUUUGAAGAACAAUAACAAUAAAGGCCAGGCUGUCAAUCAAAAGGGUGAUCUCUCCACAGUGACCAGUAGCACGACAGGGAUGAGCCCCUCGCCCUCCCUGUCGGUGCUGUCCAGCCGGGCCGGCUCCAUCGCCAGCCUGCACGACCGCAUCAUGUUCACCCCCGGCAGCGAGGAGGCCAUCGAACGCCUCAAGGAAACCGAAAAGAUUAUCGCUGAACUCAACGAGACCUGGGAGGAGAAGCUCCGUCGCACUGAGGCCAUCCGGAUGGAGAGAGAGGCUCUGCUGGCGGAGAUGGGCGUGGCCAUGAGGGAAGACGGAGGUACCCUGGGCGUGUUCUCACCCAAGAAGACCCCUCAUCUGGUGAACCUGAACGAAGACCCCCUGAUGUCAGAGUGUCUCCUGUACUACAUCAAGGACGGGGUCACCAGGGUCGGCCGCGUGGACGCCAGCAGCCGCCAGGACAUCGUACUGAGCGGACACUUCAUCAUGGACGAACACUGCACCUUCACCAGCUCCACGGGCCCCACUGGAGAGGCCGUGGUGUUGGAGCCCUGCGAGGACGCGGAGACGUACGUCAACGGGAAGAGGGUGACCGAGGCCACCGUCCUGAAGUCAGGGAACCGCAUCAUCCUGGGGAAGAGCCACGUCUUCCGCUUCAACCACCCAGAGCAGGCCCGCGCCGAGAGGGAGCGGACGCCCUGCGCCGAGACCCCCGUGGAGCCCGUGGACUGGGCCUUCGCCCAGAGGGAGCUGCUGGACAAGCAGGGCAUCGACAUGAAGCACGAGAUGGACCAGAGGCUGCAGGAGCUGGAGGAACUCUACCGUAAAGAACGGGAGGAGGCCAACCACCUUCUGGAGCAGCAGCGGCUGGAGUACGAGAGCAAGCUGGAGGCGCUUCAGAAGCAAGUGGACCGCUGCCUCCCCGACGCCACAGAGGAAGAGGAGGAGCCAGAGGAAGAAGUCCAGUGGACGGCGAAGGAGACGGAGCUGGCCGUGUGGGGCUUCCGCAAGUGGCGGUCGUACCAGUUCACCUCCCUGAGGGACCUGCUGUGGGGCAACGCCAUCUUCCUGAAGGAGGCCAACGCCAUCAGCGUGGAGCUCAAGAAGAAGGUCCAGUUCCAGUUUGUCCUGCUGACGGACACGCUGUACUCCCCGCUGCCCCAAGACCUGCUGCCCCCCGAGACCGAGAAGGACCGCGAGGCGAGGCACUUCCCCCGCACCAUCGUGGCCGUCGAGGUGCAGGACCAGAAGAACGGGGCGACCCACUACUGGACCCUGGAGAAGCUCAGACAGAGGCUGGACCUGAUGAGGGAGAUGUACGACCGGGCCGCCGAGGUGCCCAGCAGCAACGCGGUCGAGGACAGUGAGAGCGUGAUGACCGGAGGAGACCCGUUCUACGACCGCUUCCCCUGGUUCCGUCUGGUCGGCAGGUCCUUCGUCUACCUGAGUAACCUUCUGUACCCAGUGCCUCUGGUGCACCGCGUGGCCGUGGUGAACGAGAAGGGGGAGGUGAAGGGCUUCCUGCGCGUGGCGGUGCAGGCCAUAUCAGGCGACGAGGAGGCUCCAGACUACGGCUCAGGAGUACGCCAGUCAGGGACCGCCAAGAUCACCUUCGAUGACCACCAGUUUGAGAAGUUCCAGUCUGAAUCCGGUCCGGGUGUUCCGCUGGUUCCGCUGGGGGGCGUGUCCCGGGCAGGGGGCGUGUCCCAAGAGGAGCUGCGCUUCGUGGAGGGGGAGGGGCAGAGUGCAGAGACAGCGCCCUCUGCUGACGAGGUCAACAACAACACAGCUGGGUCUGAUGAGGCGGACGCUCCGGCCAAGCCCCCCCUGGACGCCCCUCUGGGGGGCGCUCUAGAGCACCUGAAGAUCGGCAGCCUGUUCACCUUCAGGGUCACCGUGCUGCAGGCCUACAGCAUCUCGGCCGAGUACGCAGACAUCUUCUGCCAGUUCAACUUCAUCCACCGCCAUGACGAGGCGUUCUCCACCGAGCCCCUGAAGAACACCGGGCGUGGUCCCCCGCUCGGGUUCUACCACGUACAGAACAUCGCGGUGGAGGUGACCAAGUCGUUCGUGGAGUACAUCCGGACGCAGCCCAUCGUGUUCGAGGUGUUCGGUCACUACCAGAAGCAACCCUUCCCCCUGCUCUGCAAGGACGUCAUCAGCCCUCUGCGUCCGUGCAGGAGACACUUCCCCAGAGUCAUGCCCCUCUCCAAACCUGUCCCUGCCACCAAGCUGACAGCCAUGACGCGUCCCAGUGCCGGAGCCUGCCACUGUAAAUACGACCUGAUGGUUCUGUUUGAGAUCUGUGAGCUGGAGGCUAACGGAGACUACAUCCCAGCGGCGGUGGACCACAGGGGGGGCAUGCCAUGUCACGGCACCUACCUGCUGCACCAGGGCCUCCAGAGGAGGGUCACAGUCACCAUCGUCCACGAGUCCGGGGGCGACAUCGAGUGGAAGGACGUCCGGGAGCUGGUCGUGGGUCGCCUGCGUAACACCCCCGAGGCGGACGAGACCAUCAUCGACCCCAACAUCCUGUCGCUCAACAUCCUGUCGGCCGGCUACGUCAGGCCCACGCAGGACGACAGACAGUUUCUUGAUUCGGACAUGCCUAGGACCUUCUACCGGUUCGAGGCGGCCUGGGACAGCUCCAUGCACAACUCCCUGCUGCUGAACCGCGUCACGCCCUACGGGGAGAAGAUCUACAUGACCCUCUCAGCCUACCUGGAGAUGGAGAACUGCACCCUGCCCACGGCCAUCACCAAGGACGUGUGCAUGGUGUUCUACUCCCGAGACACCAAGGUGCCGGCUGCCCACACCAUCCGCACGCUGUUCGGCACGGGCAGCCUGCGGGCCACCGAGGGCAACCGUGUUACGGGCGUGUACGAGGUCAGCCUGUGUCACCUGGCGGACGCCGGCAGCCCAGGAAUGCAGCGGCGGCGGCGGCGUGUUCUGGACACGUCGGUGGCGUACGUCCGCGGCGAGGAGAACCUGGCGGGCUGGCGUCCGCGCAGCGACAGCCUCAUCCUGGAGCACCAAUGGGAGCUGGAGAAACUCAGCCUGCUGCAGGAGGUGGAGAAGACCCGCCACUUCUUGCUCCUCAGGGCCAAGCUGGAGUCCACCCUCCUGCUGGGCCUGGAGCCGCUGGCCAGCGUCACCGAGGAGGAGGAGGAGGAGGUGGAGGUGGCUCCUCCCAAGCCUCCUCAGGCCGACCGCGACCUGGACCCCCCCGACGCAGACUUCCACAGCGAGAGGCAGAGGGAGCUAGCCGCUAAGUGUCUGCGGCUGAUGACCCACUCCUUCAACAGAGAGUACAGCCAUGUGUGCGUCAGCGCGAGCGAGAGCAAGCUCUCCGAGAUGUCCGUCACCAUGCUGAGAGACUCCGCCUCCAGCUCCGCCCUCAACACCAUCACCCCGUCCACCACCUGCCCCUCCCUGGUCGAGGGCUCCUACACAGACCUCAGGCCCCCCUCGGCGCGCUCCCGGGCCCCAAGCCCGAGCCGCGAGGCCCCAGCAGAACGGCGGAGAAGAAGACCGCGCCCCCCCCGCAUCCGGAGGUUCGUCCCGGACAUCCAGGAGAUACGAGUCAGCCCCAUCGUGUCUAAGAAGGGCUACCUCCACUUCCUGGAGCCCAACACCAGCGGCUGGGUGAAGCGCUACGUGGUGGUGCGCCGGCCGUACGUCUACAUCUACAACACGGAGCGGGACUCGGUGGAGCGCGCCAUCCUCAACCUGUCCUCCGCCCAGGUGGAGUACAGCGAGGACCAGCAGGCCAUGCUCAAGACCCCCAACACGUUCGCAGUGUGCACGGAGCACCGGGGGAUUCUCCUCCAGGCCAACAGCGACAAGGAGAUGCACGACUGGCUGUAUGCCUUCAACCCCCUGCUGGCCGGGACCAUCAGGUCGAAGCUGUCCCGGAGAAGAGCAGGACCACUGAGGAUGUGAGGAGACUCAGGUCCCCACGGAACACAAAGACUGACCCUGUAGAAAGAUCUCACCCCACCUCCUCCUCCUCCACACCUCCUCCUACACCACCACCACCGUCACCAACAACACCCGCACAUGCUCAGUUCCUUACCUGCCUUCUCAAGACCCUGAACUCCCGACCCCAUGACCCCUUGACCCCGUGUUUGUCAAGCCUUUUGCUGCUGCUGUUGUGUCGUUCUCUGGGUUGAGCUGACCUCCGUUCAAGGACCAAGGUACCAUUUCGCGGUUCGAUGUACGCUACGAUGUAUGCUACAGCAUCGCGGUACGGUGUACGCUACGAUGUACGCUACGAUGUACGCUGCAAUAUCGAGGUACAAUCUACGGUACAAUCUACGCUAUGAUCUAUGCUACGAUGUACGCGACAAUAUCACAGUACGAUGUAAGCUACGAUAUCGCGGUGCGAUGUACGCUACGAUUUCGCUGUACGAUGUACCCUACGAUAUCGCGGUACGAUGUAAGCUAUGAUAUGGCCGUAAGAUGUUAGCUACGAUAUCGCAGUACGACGCCGCGGUAGCGUGCGGUAGCGUGCGUCAGCGUGCCUUAGCGUGCGGUAUGGUAUGGCAUGUGCGGUGCCGCGAGGCAGCAGUUUGUCGUGUAAGGUUCCUUGCGUGUGGUGAUUGUAGUUGUUGUCCGCGACACUCUGAGCUUAACUUGUUCCUUCCUCUAAAAACAAAACAAAACAAAAAAAAGCAGCAGCGAUUGUAUCCAUUACUUACGGCUGCCAUGGCGAUAAGAAUCACUUCAUUUGCAUAUCAACCGACGAUAAAAGUACGAAAUACUAAAAAAGUUCGGGUUCUUCUCCAUUAUGCUAGAACUACGGUAUAUACAGUGUUCAAACUGGUUUGCAUUAAAACAAAAUACUACAUUAUAGGGUUACUGAUAGAAAAAAAAAUACAUAUAUACAAGACAGCUGAAUUUAUGACUUUAAAACUUUGUGUUUGACUUCGGGUUCAAAUGUGGGAUUGGAUAAUGUCCUAGUGUCAGAAGCCCUCCGUAAAACUUGACCUCUGACCUCAGAUGUUGAGUGAGUACAGGAGGUUACAGAAUGUUUUUGGUGAAACUGGAAGAAGCUUCAUCUCCGCUGUUUAUUUCAGAGUUCAUCCGCUGUCCCUCAGUGGAAAAUCAUCAGAUUAAUCUCAAUACCUACCCCCCCCCCCUCUUUAUUCAUCAAUCUUAAAAUGUGAUAUAUUUAGGUAUCUUAACAGGUCUUAUUAUUAUUUCUGCAUGUAUUUAUUUAUAAAAGGCAUUUAUAUUUCUAAAGUUGUAGUAACGUGCAAUUUCUGCACCCCGCACUUUUUAACAUGAGUUUAUUAAUCAUUAACACCCUCACCUCAUCCCCGACGCAUUUUAACCUCUUGAUCCACGCCAUGAGGAACACAGAAUUACGCCCUCUGUCUUUGUGCUGAGAAUAACUUGAAUAUCAGACGCUCGCUGAAGACCCAGUCGAAGACAUGUGCGACUAACGAGUAGAGGACGUGUUCGUAGGUCAACUUCAGCGUAGAGAAACGUACCAAGCCUGUUCUGUGCGCUCUUAGGUGGUAGCCUACAGCCGGGGCUGCUGGGUAAUUUGAAUAGACGAUCAACGUAGUGCCUCUCUCUCUCUCUCCAACGUUGAAUCUCUUUCUACUCCAUCCUGCUCCUUAAUGUGGAUCAAACAGCUGUAGUCAGACUUGUGUUGAAUGGUUUCAUGAGUAUGUUUAACAUGUGAGAGAUAUAGACACACUACUACUAUUUAUCGAAUAUCGAUUCAUAUCGCAUGCAAAGAAAACACCAAACUGAAUAGACCCCACAAUUUGGCCCGAAGUGGAAUCUGUCCUCUAAAAGUGGAAGUUUAAAAAGGACAAAUUGAAUUAGUCUGUUAAAAAAAUGUUCCAUUGACGUUCAUUGCAUCACCACUCAGCCACUAGCCUGUCUCCUAUGCACUUUAGGCAAUGUCUCCGCAGUAGAAAUGUCACUCAAGGCCUUUAAAUCACAACCUCCACCCUGUGACUUCACCAUCCACCCUCGUACGUCCGGACGCGGAGCUGGAAGUAUCACAGGUGGUCCUAGCGGCGAUUACCUACGUCGAUAAAAAACAUCCAAACAGUUUGUGACGCUGUACCUCUCUGUGUAGAACACAUUUGGAAAUAGGGACUACCGUAUGUUAGGUUUGAGGCGUUUUCCAGACGGGAGAGUUCUGGGUUUGAUCCCAAUGUCCUCACUUGACCUGUAGGCAUCCCUGUGCACGAUGACCCCUGACCCCUACCUGCUCCCUAAUGACAUGUAUCUGGAUUUCACUGUCAGCCAUUCUGGAUGAGAACGUCUCGUAGGCGACUAGUGAGCUAGUCAAAAUAGGAUAGGGGCGUUGAUACUUUCCAUGUCUUAAGAAGAAGUGAAUCAAAAGGCCCACUUGUGAUCUUGAUUCUCCUGUGUGAGGCAACACUUAAAUAUAGUCUGCUUACUGCCGCACAUAUCUCUAGACCAGAGAGUACUUAGUUCUCCUGCCACUCAACCUUCUGUUAUGAUUACUGCUGCUCAGUGCUACCUCCUCUGACGAAGGGAAAACGUGUGUUUUAUGCUUCUUGAUAUCUGAUACAGCGAUCGGGACGUCUAAAUGAUAUCCAAAUGACAUUCCAUUCUGUUCAUAUCACGGUCAGAGUCCUACCAGUUGAAAUGAAAAGCAAGAUCAAAAACGGGCAUUCAUUUUGUUUUUGUUUUAAAAAUAUCCAACACUUGACAGUUUUGAAAUACACUGAAUUCAUUGUUAAACAUUUGGUUUAUUAUUUGAACCACGGGAAUAAAUCCACUAGAUAGACCCAGUGUGUGGAUGCCACAUGGCUAAGUGCCGAUCGGUUGUCCUUUAGUGUCUUGUGCUUUUGUGUUUUUACUUUAUCCCAAAGAUCCCCCCCAUUGUGUCAGCCAUCUUGUUCUAGGUACAUCACUGAAUUUUCACACUGAAUGUAAAUCACUAUUUAACAAGGAACUCACUGCGUCCGUAUCGCAGUGUUUUCCUCCUGGUUUCCUGACGAUUGUAGGAGUGUGUGUGGUGUGUGUGUGUGUGGUGUGUGUGUGUGUGUGUGUGUGUGUGUGUGUGUGUGUGUGUGUGUGUGUGUGUGUGUGUGUGUGAGAGAGAGAGAGCGUGUGUGUGUGUGUGUGUUCGGUGUGCUUGUCUGUGUGUGUGUGACGGAUCGCUGUUGAUUCAUCCACAACAACGGGGACGUUAAUCUUUAUAAUUUAUUUUUGUGCUUCCAUAUCUAACCACGCUUUAAUUUUGAAAGCCCCUUGCGUUUGACCCACAGGGCACUUCCUUUGCAUGUACAUAAACCCGAUUGCUGUGAAACUGUAUUAUAAAGCUGUCACCAUUUGUACAACCUGAAAUGGCCAGCGCUUCCAUUGUCGUGUCGAGUGUUAGAGUUAAGUGUCAGAUAUUUGUGUACACUAAACACAUGGUCAUAUAAUAAAUAAAAAGGAAAAUUAUGCAACACA